UUUCUUUAUUUUCUGACACAACAAAAUAAUUUUCUUACAAGUGGAGAAAACAGCACUUAAAUAAACAAAUCAAAGAGUAAGAUAUAUAAUGUGAACUCCUAUAACUCGUUAAGAAUUGGCGCUCUUCAUAGUCGUCAUCUCUCACACGUUUUUCUUAAACCACAAGACAAAAAACUUCUCUUCGUCAACUAUGGCCAAACUUAUCUUCUUUACUAUAUUCACCUUCUUUUUGUUCUUCCCUUUCGCUUUUUCCGAUGAACUUCAAACACUUUUGUCCAUUAAAACAACCUUAACAAACCCCAACACCAUAACCAAUGUAUUCAAUAAUUGGGAAUCAAAUACUCCUCUUUGUAACUUCAGUGGCAUCAAAUGUAACACUAAUGGAAAAGUCAAAGAAAUUGAUCUUUCAAGCCAAAAGAUUUCUGGGGUGGUUCCAUUUGAUACAAUAUGUUCUCUUAACUCAUUGGAAAAACUUUCUUUGGGUUAUAAUUCACUUUCUGGGAGUGUUAGUAAAGAUUUGAACAAGUGUGUUAGUUUGAAUUACUUGGAUGUUGGGAACAAUGAAUUUACAGGGACUUUUCCUGAUAUAUCUUCUCUCAAUGAGUUAACUCAUUUUUAUGCGAAUAACAGUGGGUUUACAGGAAAAUUUCCAUGGAAUUCUGUUGCAAAUAUGAGUAAACUGAUUGUUCUUAGUCUUGGUGAUAAUCAAUUUGAUCGAACGAUGUUUCCUAAAGUGAUUUUGAACCUUACUAAGUUGAAUUGGUUGUACUUAUCGAAUUGUGGACUUGAAGGUGAAAUUCCAGAAGACAUUGGAAAUCUUACAGAGCUGAUUAAUUUAGAGCUUUCGAUGAAUCAUUUAACUGGUGAAAUACCUGUGGGAAUUACUAAACUGAAGAAAUUAUGGCAACUUGAGCUAUAUGAAAAUCAGUUAACAGGAAAGUUGCCUGUUGGAUUUGGAAAUUUAACAAGCCUUGAAUAUUUCGAUGCUUCGAUUAAUUAUCUGUAUGGUGAUUUAUCGGAAAUUCGAAAAUUGGAUCAUUUGGUAAGUCUCCAGUUAUUAGUUAAUCAAUUUUCAGGGGAAUUGCCUGAAGAAUUGGGAGAGUUCAAAAGGCUUGUAAAUGUGUCUUUGUACACUAACAAGUUUACGGGUCAGCUUCCACAAAAGUUGGGUUCUUGGGCGAAUUUUGAUUUCAUUGAUGUAUCGGAGAAUAAUUUUACUGGUCCAAUUCCACCUGAUAUGUGCAAGAUGGGGACUAUGAGAGGAUUAUUGCUACUUCAGAACAAUUUCACAGGCGAAAUUCCAGGGACUUAUUCAAAUUGUUCAACAAUGGAGCGAAUUCGAGUGAGCAAAAACUCACUUUCCGGUGAGAUUCCUGCUGGAAUUUGGGGGCUACCGAAACUCCAAAUUCUUGAUGUUGCAAUGAAUGGGUGUGAAGGUGGUAUUACUUCUGAUAUUGGAAGAGCGAAAUCUUUGGGUGAAAUUUAUGUUGCUAAUAACAGAUUUUCGGGUAAGAUACCUUCUGAAAUUUCAAAUGCUUCAGCGUUGGUGAGAAUUGAUUGUAGCAACAACCAGUUUUCGGGUGAAAUUCCGGGGAGAAUUGGGGAGCUUAAAAAGAUUGGUAAUCUUUAUUUACAGAACAACAAGUUUUCUGGUUCAAUACCAGAUUCUUUAGGCUCUUGUGUUUCACUAAGUGAGAUUAACCUGGCUAAUAAUUCGCUUAGUGGCUCCAUUCCUGUUUCUCUGGGAUCAUUACCGACUUUAACUUCAUUAAACUUGUCAGAAAAUCAGCUUUCAGGGAAAAUUCCGACGAGUUUAUCAAAUCUGAAGUUAAAUCUUCUUGAUUUUUCCAACAAUCAGUUGACUGGACCAAUACCAGACUCUCUAUCGGUUCAUGAGGGUAGCUUUGCUGGAAAUAAUGGUCUUUGUAGCCAAAAGAUUAAGAACUUUCGUCGAUGUUAUGGUGAUUCUGGAAAGCCCGGAGAAUUGCACACCCUUUUGCUUGUUUUAUUGGUGGCGGUGAUUGUGGUGCUUCUUUCAUUUGCGGGUUUCUUGUACUUCAAGAAGAACAAUCAGAAAGACAAGGAGAGAUCUUUGAAGCAAAAUUCUUGGAAUACAAAGUCAUUCCAUAUUUUGACUUUCACUGAAGAUGAGAUUCUUGAUGGAAUAAAACACGACAAUUUGAUUGGAAAAGGUGGUUCGGGUAGUGUAUACAGAGUGCAGCUUUCAGAUAGCACUGAUUUUGCGGUAAAACAUAUUUGGACUUCUGAUUCAGGAGGAAGAAAAACGUCGGGAACAACAUCACCAAUGUUGGGAAAACCUGGGAAGAAAUCAAAAGAAUUUGAAGCUGAGGUUCAAACACUGAGCUCAAUUCGACAUGUGAAUGUGGUGAAAUUAUAUUGUAGCAUAACAAGCGAUGACUCAAGCUUGUUGGUCUACGAAUAUAUGCCAAAUGGGAGCUUGUGGGAUCGAUUGCAUACUUGUAAGAAGAUGCCACUUGAUUGGGAGACGAGGUACGAGAUAGCUCUUGGUGCAGCCAAAGGAUUGGAGUAUUUACAUCAUGGUUGUGAUAAGCCACUGAUUCACAGGGAUGUUAAGUCUAGUAACAUCUUGUUGGAUGAGUUUUGCAAGCCGAGAAUUGCUGACUUUGGUCUUGCUAAGAUUGCUCAAGCUGAUUCAACUAAAGAUUCAACUCAUGUCAUUGCAGGAACACAUGGAUAUAUUGCUCCUGAAUACGGAUACACGCACAAAGUGAACGAGAAAAGUGAUGUAUAUAGUUUCGGGGUGGUGUUGAUGGAGCUAAUAUCUGGAAAAAGGCCAAUAGAGCCCGAAUACGGAGAGAAUGGCAACAUAGUUACAUGGGUGAGCAGCAAAUUGAAGAGCAAGGAGAGUGUAUUAAGCAUAGUGGAUUCAAGUAUCCCGGAAGCUUUUCAGGAAGAUGCAAUCAAAGUCUUGAGGAUUGCCAUUGUCUGCACAGCUAGGCUUCCAACAUUAAGGCCAACAAUGAGAAAUGUAGUCAAAAUGCUGGAAGAUGCAGAACCAUGCAAAUUGGUUGGAAUUAUUGUAAGCAAAGAUGAUGGUAUUAACAAGGCAGAUCAACUGAAGGAUCACAACAAGAUGUGAUUAAAUCCCGUCUUCGAUGAGUUUUAAUGGUGAUAACUUCAUACCACUUUUGUCCGUUUCACUCUUCAACCUGAUCUCUAUGUUCUGAUGCUAAUCCUCCGCGGAACGUUGUAUCUUCUAGUAGUAUAUAAAGUUUCGAAGAUGGCCUACUGGCCUUGUAACAUAUAGUAGUAGAAGCUAGAUUCAUGCUAGUGUAUUGAGUUAGAUUGAAUUUAGAGAUGCAUGGCAUAAGUGCCAUAAGAUGUACUGUUUGUAUGUGCUAAAUAAAAAUGGUUUAGUAAUUCAAAUCCUUUCUCAA